UUCGCAAAUGUAAACAAAACAACGUAAUGUUGGAGAAAAAAAAGAAAUUGACUAAAAACGGAGUCUUCAAAUGUUGAAAGAGGCUAAAUUAAUAUAUUUUCAUAAAAAACAUCAGAAACAACAAUAUGCAAAGGAUUGGUAGAAUAAUGAAGAAUUUUCAGCAUCUGUGUUCAUGGACCACUGCACUUAUAUUCAAGUCUGUGAAGAAGCGGUUGCUUGUUGUAUUAUGCACACUUUCCAUACUCUAUAUAAUUUUAAGAUGGAGAUUGACAUGUGUAGACAUCCAUUCCCAGAUGCAGGUACAAAGAAUGUGCACCACCUAUGCUAUUGGCAUAUCAGUUGGAAGUCUCUGCCACAGCUUGUGCAAAGAUUCAGAGACUACAUCCGUUAGUUGUCCUACAUUUUAUCAGGCAACUGAAGUUGUUUCUGGGAACUGGCCUAAUCAGAGUGUGAUAUAUAGGAAUGUUGCAGAAACAAAUGACUUAGCACAUCUAGAUGCUUCUGGUAGAACAAUAUUCCCUAGUGAGGAGGAAUUUACUAAUAUGAUAAAAAAUGCUGUUAAAUUAAAGUUUAAUAUCUCAAUUUCUGAUGUUGAUGCUCGAAAAAUGUCUUAUUUACAAAACAAAGAGGAUAUGUUGAGACAAAUUGAAAUGCAGAAUGUUUGGUCGCUUUUACAAGAUAAUGAAUAUCUUGUUUCUUUGUUGUAUGAGAAGUACAACAUAUUUCCUAAACUUCUUGGCACUUGUGGUUACACUUAUGCUGUGCAAAAGAUGCAAUCUAUAUCGGGGUAUUGGCAUUUGAUGACAUUGUAUGACAGCGAACAUGAAUGGAACAAGAGGAUUAAGACUGCCUUACUGAUUCUUGAUUAUUUAUCAAUAUUAGAAGAAAAGUUGCCAGAGCCUGUUCAUAUAUGUGAUGUGAAAAUGAGCCAUUUUGUAUUUACUUCUGAUUUUAAAAAGAUUGUAUAUCAAGAUGUUGAGUCUAUUCAUCCUCAAUCUAUGGUUAAUAGGAUCACUGGUGGAAAAUCAGAAUGUGAACAACAUAGCGACUGUGAUUUUAUGGAUUGUAGAUCAUUUUGUAACUUAGUAAGUCAAAAAUGUGAUCAUGGGGUUGUUAAUAAUAAUUUACAAAUAGUUUGUGAGAAAAUUUUUUUAGGGUGGGUGAUAUCUGGUAGGGUGAUGGUCCCUGGGCUGCUGUUAGGCCCUCGGUCUCCUAAAGUUCUUGUUGAAAUGUUGGAUUUGUGUGCCAAUCCUGAGCGGACACAAGGCACGCCUAGAGCAAAAGCUUCAAAGGAAAUUAGAAAAAGAUUAUAUGAUCUUCUUAGUAAUCUUAAACUUUAUUAGUACAGAUAUAAAUUACAUUAUUUAUUAUUCUAGUCAAUUAUAAAUCUAGUCAUUUUUAAACUUUUUGCUUGAUUAUGAUUAUUGCAUUGUUACAUGGUGCUGGCUGAAAGCAGUUUUAUUUUUUUAUAUUUACAGUUUUUAGACUGUUAUUUAAUAAUAAGGAAAUUAGUAAUUAUAUAGAGACUAAAAAUAUAAAGAGAGCCACGUUAGAGAAAUCUAUAUGUAUACUUUUCUAAAUUAAAUUGCAUUAUUGCCUCACUAAAACACAUCUAGAAAUGAGUAUUUAAACUGAUGCAGUUAUUGCACCACCAAAUUUUAAAAACCGGUAUGUUGCCUAGACCAAUACAAAGUGUAGUGUUCUUUUCAUAUUUCUGCGAUUUAUAUUUACGUAUAUGCGGUGUAAGUGGACCCCCAGCUGAAUAUAAGUAAAUAAAUACGGUACAAAUAUAAGUAUGAGAAUAGAUAUAAUGGUAUAUAUAAUUAAUAUUUUUACUAAAAGUGGUAUUUGAAAUUCUGUAAAAGAUUUCACAUAUUUAAUAGGUCUGCAACUUGCAUGACUUUUCUCUUUUUUCCAAUUACCUCUAUGUCAGUAGUAUAUUUUGUUGGUUUUCAUAUUCGUAAUCUCACCUCUUUUUCGGAGGGAUGGGCAAAGAAUCUUUAAAGAUCACACAAACACAAAUUCUGCAUUCUUCUUAUAUUUUCAAAUCUGGUGGUGUUAUUUCUGUUUAGGACAGCCAUAAGGGCAGUAAUUUACAAUGAAUACGCUUUAGCACCUAGAAAUUCUUAGAGAAAAAGAAAUAUCACAACAGUAUUGUAUUGUUAAUGUUAUCCAUUGCUGUUUACAGACGGUUUAAUCAGCUUGAAAUAUUUUGCUUUAAUUCGGAAUAAAAACACGCUUUUCCUUUAAAUUGUC